CUGCGCAAGCUCAAGCUCAAGCUCCGGCGCCCACCCGCAGAAAUGGCGGGCAUUGAGCAGUUGGAGAUCCAUAGCAAGUCUUACAUCGUUCGUUGGGUCAAAGUCGACGAAGGCCACACCAUAUCCUGGAGCGUUCAACCGCACAAGAAGUCCAUCAACUUUGGCAUUGUCAAGCACCCGGGCACCGGCGCCACCGGCCUGAUUUCGAGCCAGAAUGACGAUACCGCGACCUCCGGCACACUCACCUCCGGCGUAGCCGAACCUAAGGGACGUUUUGGCAAGCGGGAUACGAGUACCGCCCAAGAGCAGCUUGCCAGCAAAGGCUUCAUACCAGUAAAAUGGCACGGAAAAUGCGAUGCCGACAAGGUCUCGACCGGUACUUGGGAUGUGCUGCCGGGCCAAGGAGGAAUGUUCGGCCUGGUGUUCGACAACACCUUUUCCAAGCAGAUAUCUAAGACGGCAACCUUCGUUCUCCUGACCUACCCGACCGGCGCGCCGCCGCAGACCACCGCCCACGCUUUCCCGAACCUUCAAGCUGCGAACGCGAGCGCCAGCAGAACGAGCUUGCCCCAGGUCACAACCGUCAACUCUGCCUCUCAGGAUAGCCUCCACAGCCAUGUGGCUGGUGGAGUUCGACCGACAUCUGCUUCGGGACGCAGCGAAAACGCCAACUAUCAUACCGGUAUAUUGCACAAGAGAAGGAGAAAGAAGGGCCAAGGAUAUGCGCGCAGAUUCUUCUCGCUCGACUAUUCGUCUUGCACGCUAUCCUACUACUACAAUCGCAAUUCGUCUGCGCUACGUGGCGCCAUCCCUCUGAGUCUGGCAGCUAUCGCAGCCGAUGAGCGUCGCAGGGAAAUUAAUAUUGACUCGGGCGCUGAAAUCUGGCAUCUGCGCGCAUCCAAUGCCAAGGACUUCAACGAUUGGGCACGAGCUCUGGAAAAGGCUAGCCGUGCAGCGAGAGGUUUCGAGGCCGGUGAAGAUCAACCGAAGAACCUCAGGGCUCCUCCAUUGCGCGUGAACACCACCCACCUGAAGCCAACUGCGUCGAGCAUGGAGGAGGACCGUGAAUGGCAGCAAGUCGAGACACUCGUCAGUCGAGUGGUUGGAACAAGAGACGCGCUGCGUCGCCUGGUCAAGGACAUGUCGAGCCAGAGGCCUGUGAGCAUGGCUGCGUCGAGCUUCUUGUCUCCCAGUAGUGUGGGCGAGGAAAACGAGAGCUACUUCACCCCUCCGGCCGAGCAGCAAACCCAAAGGCGGCCUUUCUGGAGACGGAAGUCGAGCGCAGCUACUCCCACUCCCACUACUCCCCAGGCGCACCAGUCGUCCGCGGCAACUGCUCUGGCUGUUCCGGCUCCCGGUGGCGUGACAACGACUAUCACAUCGAACGGCCCGCGCCACGCCAAGUCGAAGUCGAAAGCUUCUAUUCACGAAGAGAAAAGCACGCAGGAGCAUUGCGCCUCGCUCCUUAGUGAUCUUGACUCAGUUGUUUCCGAGUUCACGACGCUGAUUGCCAACAGCAAGCGCCGACGAGCACCUGCUCCGUUGUCUGCUGCGCCGUCCCGCAGGAGUAUGGAGACUGCGUCAACAGACGAAUUCUUCGAUGCCGAGGCCGGUGAAACGAGUUCCCAGAUUGUCAAGAUUUCGCAAAGCGAGGACGAAAGCCCGGAUUCUGAACCAGAUGAGGGCAAUCUUACCGACUCAUCCUCGAUAUCUUCGGUGCCAGAGGAGGAUACGGGCGUCGCCGGUCAGGACGACUCCAGCUGUUACCCAGCAAAGCCCAAGAGCUUGUCGCCGCUACCUGUUGACAUCUCAGUGGACAGACGAACGAAGAUUCCGCCAGCCCUGGUCCAACCCCCGAGUCUCAUCGCUUUUGUGAGAAAGAACGUCGGCAAGGAUCUCAGCACUAUCAGUAUGCCCGUAUCCGCGAACGAGCCGAUCUCGCUCCUCCAACGAGUGGCGGAGCAACUGGAAUACGCCCAACUUCUCGACCAAGCUGCCCGGCAGAAAGAGUCCAAGGAUCGCCUACUCUACGUAACUGCGUUUGCGGUCUCCCAGUUCAGUAGCGGACGAGCCAAGGAACGCGCCAUCCGCAAGCCCUUCAAUCCUCUUCUUGGUGAGACGUUCGAGAUGCUCCGAACUGAGCAAGAAGUGCCAGGAGGGUUCCGUCUUGUCGUUGAAAAGGUCUGUCACCGCCCCGUCAGGCUCGCCAUGCAGGCCGACUCGGCCGACUGGUCUUUUAGUCAAUCGCCCGCUCCGUCGCAAAAGUUCUGGGGCAAGAGUGCCGAAAUCACAACCGAAGGUCGCGUCCGUGUUGCUCUUCGACUGCCCGACGGAACAGAUGAGCUUUACUCAUGGACACAUGCCACCAUGUUCUUGCGCAACGUGGUGAUGGGCGAGAAGUACGUUGAACCGGUCGGUGUCAUGCAGAUCUGCAACGAUUCUACAGGUGCCAAAGCCUCGGUUGAGUUCCGCAGCAAGGGAAUGUUUGGAGGACGAGGUGAGGAUGUGCAAGUGGAAACGUACGGACCGGAUGGUGUCCACACAGGAAGCAGUCUGUCAGGAACAUGGACCGGCGGCCUCCGAGUUGUCGAAGCUGGCAAGGCGGCAGGUCAGGAAAUCUGGCGCGUUGGCAAGCUUGUGGACAACGCCGCCAACACCUACGGCAUGACGACUUUUGCAGCAGCCCUCAACGAGGUCACGGAGAUCGAGAAGGGCAGGUUGCCUCCGACCGACAGCAGACUCAGGCCCGACCAGCGCCUGGCGGAGAAGGGAGAUUUGGAUCAAGCCGAAGAGUGGAAGGUCAAGCUUGAGGAGGCACAGCGAGCACGCCGCCGCGUCUUGGAAGAGAAGGGAGAAGAGCACAAGCCGAAGUGGUUUGUGAAGGCCGGACAGGGCCCAGAGGGCGAGGAGGUCUGGAAGUUGAGGACAGGCAAGGACUCAUACUGGGAGGAGAGGUCCAAGGGCACGUGGAGCGGGGUGGAGGACAUCUUUUCUGCUUAA